AUGGCAUUCUCUAUAAGGUAUCACUUUAUUGUAGAAAGGAAUGUUGUAGUUACUCACUUUCUUUGCUCGUCACGUCGAGGUACUUACAAGCAGAACAUGUCACCAGUCUGUUGUACAAAUUGCAGAACGAAAUAUUCUAUUCUCAACCCUGAAGAAGGGUGUUCAAAUUGCGCUCUCUCAUUCUGUCGAAGGUGCUUGUCGCAUCGUGCACUCCUUCCACAAUUUGCAAAUAAACCCGUGACCGUCUGUUCUCAAUGUUUCGAGAAAUUGAAUGCAGAGACAUUGAAAAAUCAAAUUAGUUCUCGAAGUGGCAACUGGUGGGGAGACGGACUACCUCCACCUUCAAUGAGACAAUCUGUAGGUAUGUUCUUGAUUUUCUUCCUUGCUACGAGCAGUCAGCCGUUAACACUCUCUGAGAUUGAAGAGCGCCUAGCAGCUCUUCGUGGCUGCGAUGUGGAACUGAUUCGUCGGCCGCGUUGUGUAAGUUUACCCUUGUUUCGCCUUAGUCUUAUGAAAAUGGCUAAAGAACGAGCGGAGAUUGAAGUAAAACAUGAUCCUGCAAACGAAUUAGAGCGCAGACAUAGAGCUUUGCGAGGAGAUGGAGAGGAAGGCCCCAGUUCUCAUGCGCAACAGGAUCAGAGUGGUCCAGUGGAGGGCGAAGGUAUGCUGGAAAUUAACUUGACAAAUAUUCCCAUCACCCAUCGCCCAUCUACCGAAAUCAUGCUAAGCUUCACUCUAGCCAACGGUUUUGCUUUUCGUAGCCAUCAUGUGAAUGCCCUCCACAUUUUUUCCUCCAUUCAAACUUUCCUUUUCCUUCCUCCUCCCUCCGCCAGUUCCCAAGCAAACAACAAUUCUAAAAUAUUUGGCAGGGAUUAUGGACGAGCCUCAGUCAUUAGUUUACAAUUUUUACUGGAUGUACGAACCCAGAAUGAUAAAAAGAAAGUGGUUAUAUCCUUCUAA